AUGAAGAAUCAUCUUGCCGUUGCGUUGCGCCGUGCCGCAUCCACGUUGGCCAAAGAGCCUGGUGACAUCAGCUCUGUGUUUCCCUCACUUUCUGGCAAGAAGCCUGAUCCUCUGCCGCCACGCUUCAGUGCUCUGAAGAAGACGUUGAUCAAAGACAAUGAAGAUGCCAUAACAGCGUCUUGGCAACGGCUGUCGAAGAGUCUGCAGCGGGAGAUCGCAGACAUCAAGUCAGAAGGCAGUAAUGUCAUACCGAGCAUCUCGUUCCAGGAUGUGGUUGCCGGGACUGUCCCUCAAUCACAGCUUGACGCCAUCAGGCAUCGCGGCACUGCAGUCAUUCGCAAUGUUCUCCCACGAGAACAGGCGCUGGAUCUCAAACGGCAAGCCAAGGAGUAUAUCGCUGCAAAUCGAUCCAAAGUCAGGGCCUUUCCUCCAGACGACCCUGCUGUGUACGAGUUGUAUUGGACUCCCUCCCAAGUCCAGGCACGCGCUCAUCCAAAUAUGCUGAAAGCACAAUCUUUUCUGGCCUCUUUCUGGCACUCCUCUGACCCGAACUCAGAGAUAUCUACGACCUACCCUCUGACAUACGCUGACCGGUUUCGCAUUCGACAACCGGGCGAUGCAAAGUUCUCUCUAGGCCCACACACUGAUGGAGGAAGUCUCGAGCGCUGGGAAGAUCCCGAGUAUGCUCGAGUGUAUCAGACCAUCCUACAGGGUCAGUGGGAAGAGUAUGAUCCUUUCGACGCGCGGCACCGCAUCGAAGCCAAGAUGGACCUGUACAAUGGGGCGGGCGCAUGCAGCAUGUUCCGCCUGUUCCAGGGCUGGCUGUCCAUGUCUUCAACAGGGCCUGGUGAAGGCACCCUGAAAGUUUGCCCCUUGAUCCGACAUGCAACGUCUUACCUGAUAUUGAGACCAUUCAUCAAUCUCCAGACAGGCAAGCUGAAUCUGGAUGCCACAUUUCCAAACUCUGUACCAGCCGCAUGUCAGGAAUAUGAUCCGUUGUCUCACCCAGGCCUCGAGCUUGACACCACCAUGGUGAGCAUGCCCAAAGUUGAACCAGGUGAUUAUGUCGCCUGGCACUGUGACAUGAUCCACGCCGUAGACCGGGAGCACCAUGGAAAGAACGACAGCAGCGUCAUGUACAUUCCUGCAUGUGCAAUCACCCGACCGAAUCUCGAGUUCUUGAAGAGACAACGGAUGAGUGCGUUGGCAUACAGUCCCCCACCAGAUUUCCCAGGUGCUGGUGGUGAUGGUGAAGUUGGAUUUGUUGGAGCUGUGGCCUGGGAUCAAGUCAACGAUGCAGGGAAGCGUGCUAUGGGGCUGGGCCAAAAGAUGUGGGACCUCAAUCCAGGCAUGAGUGAAGGAGAGCGAAAGGCAAUUGAGGCUGGUAACAUGACAUUGUUUGGUUGA